AUGGAAGUGCCGUGCUCGGAAGCUGACAAGGCGUUCUUCAGCGCGGCGACGGUAGUGACAGUUGGAAAUGGCCAGACAACUCGUUUCUGGACCUGCUCAUGGCUGCCAACGGGCGCGCUCAGGGUGCUAUUUCCCGCUCUAUAUCAGCACUCAAAGCGAAAGAAUAGGAGUGUGGCCGAUGCCCUGCAUGAGGACCGCUGGAUCCGAUACCUAGCGCAUGGACAGACAGAGCUGGUGGUGCAAGACUGCGUGCGCUUGGCACGGCUGUUGCGAACUGCUUCGAUCUCCCUCAACCUGGACUCUGCAGAUGAAAUUAGUUGGAGUCUCGAGGCCAAUGGCUGCUACUCGGCAUCGUCAGCUUAUCGAGCACAAUUCCAGACCAGCCACGGCUCGGUUUUUCCACAGCUCAUUUGGAAAACAUGGGCGCCCGGGAAGCUGAAGAUUUUCUGCUGGCUGCUGAUGCUGGACAGGUUGUGGUGCAACGACCGACUACAGCGACGAGGAUGGCCAAACUCAUAUUUCUGCCAAUUCUGUGUGCGGAGCCUUGAGACUGCUGAGCACGUUUUCUGGACAUGCCCGUUCACUGCAUCUCUCUGGAACAGCUUGUCGACAUGGCAGGGCUGUGAGGCCCUGAGGACGCAGCCUGAAGGCAGCGACACAACGGCAGCUGAUCGGGUGUCGCGGAUUGUGGGAGCACAAAGCCAGAGUUCAGAAAGGGCAUCAAAUCACUGGCGAUGCUGA